AUUCAAAACACUCGCUCACAAAAUUGAAAGAGUGUUAUCAUAUUAAGGCAUGCAGUAAACAGACAUGUUUUUGCCAAGAAACAAGGGUGAUUCGGAUAUGUGCAAAUAUAUAUCGGUGAUAUUUGUGUUUGAUAUCAUACGGAAAAUUGAAGAUUUCAAUGCAGAGAUCAAAAGUUCCAAAUCAACAUGUAGUAAUGAUAAUGGUGCUUGAAAUUUGUCUAGAAAUAGCAGGCAAGAUAACGAGCGGAAAUGUAACUGAGGCAUACACUGAAGCCAGUAUAUUAGAAAACAACAUCACAGUGUCAGAAAGGUGCAGUAACUGUAGUUCAUGGAGCCAUGAGACUAAAUCUGUUGAAGAAAAUUGUUCUAAUUCUCGAGGAUGGAAUCUGAAGGGUUCCGAAUGGGGUUGUUGUGGCAACUAUGCCGGAUGUUGCACGUACGCUUCUUUCGUCUGCUACAUCCAUGACGCGCUAUGUAAAUGUUGCGACGUUGGUGUAAACUUUUGUGGACCUACUUGCAAACCGGAACUAGACUGUUCGAGCCUUGAUCUUGAUAUGUUACAAAAUGAUGGACAUUAUGAGAAAACUGCAAAUGCAACAAAAUCAAAAGACGAGGAAAAGGAACACUUAAAUGUUGAAACUGUCGAACACACUUUUAAUGAUACAGAGAAUAGCAACAGCACAUAUAGGAACUAUUUUCUUCGCGGAAAAGCAAUAAGUGGAACUGGCGAAAAUCUUUUUCAAGAUGGCGACGAUACUGAAGAGGGUAGCGGAGAAGUGGAAACAUGAAGAAGAAAGAUGAAGUGGUUCGAAAUGAAAUACUAGUAGAUCAGAAUGUUUCUUUUUAUACGAAAGGAAUUAAGGCUUUACUCGGUGUAAUGAAAGAAACAAUUUAGAACGCUGGGUAAAUACAUCAUCAUGGUUGCUAAAUACAAUGUUCUGUAAAACUGAUAAACCGAUUUUACUAGGAAAUUUGUUAAAUUGUUAAAUUUGAUAAAUUGUUGAAUUUUGUAUGGGGUAUGGCCUUUUUAAAAAUUUUACUAAGGUGUGAAUUUUUGCCAAGUGUUUUUGACGUAAACACUAGGUACACAAUCAAUUUUCGAAAAGGUGUAAUAAACAGAAUCAACGUUCGACAGCAGAAUAAAGUAACUGAAUGCUGGUUUAAAAGGCAAGGGAAAUGACUGUCAUAUAGCUAAUUGUAACUUAAACUAGAGUUGUCUACCUUGGACCAUUUAUCUGGCGGAUUUCUAAAAAUUUCACUGGUUUGAAAACGAUAUGACAAAAAUUAUUAUGCAUAUGAGAAUGAAACAAAUCAAGUCUCUGAAUUAAUAUCUGCUUCUGAAUGGUUAUGACUUGCUUUGUGAUAUUUGAUGUUAUUUGAUAUUAUUUUUUUCAGAUAUAUUUUGAAACUGCAUCAUAUAUUUUUGCAAUUAUUACUUUCUAUGACUAUAAGGCUCCGUGUUUUUAGCUGUUUUAGGCCGAAAUUCGGCCCAAUUGCCCUCUACAAAAAUAUGUUUACCCCCAUAUUUGACCCCCCCCCCCUCCAAAAAAUUAAAUAUUUCAACCAGAAUCUACAUAAUUAUAUAAAUCAUACUAUUUAAAACACAUGACAAUGUGCUUUUGAGAAAUUUACUUUUCUCGUGCAACCACGCGACUUUCGUGACGGCGCCCCCCCCACCCCCACCCCAACGAGUCCUGUCACCAUUACUCGGAAACUGCAAAAAAAAGUGCUGUUCGGGCUUUAAAUAUGUCAAUGUUGUUUAAUUCUUAUACAACAAUCUCACUGUCAUAAUAAUAUAUUUAUAUGUUACAUUAUGUAUAAUGUUUUGUGUAAUGCUCUGUCCUAUACAAUGCUAAUACUAUCGAACAUGGUUUGAUAUAACUGAGGUGUAUUGAUUUUAAGUAACAAAAAGAAAGAAAGAAACAAAUAAAGAUAUAUAUCCUA